AUGCUGGGUCAAGGUCACAAAAGAUAUCGAGUAUCCUGUGCUCAUGAGAAAAGUGGGAAGGCAGAGAAUGCCCUCCAGACCAGGCCAACCACUGCGGCCGCGAUCACUCGUCAUAACGGAGUGAAGCCAGCUCAGCCGGCCCAACAAAAGACUUACGCGUCAGAAAGCGCAGCAUCCAAACCUGCGAGAGGUCUCGCCCCUAUCCCGGAAACAGCUCACGACACGCCCACGGCACCGAGACUCUACAACCGUAGGGGCGCAGGACCCAAUCGACAGCGAACCCCGCUCCCUUUCCAUAGACAGCAUCGAGCUACAUAUGCAAAGCCCGUCACCGGCGGCAUCGUCGAUCCUCCGCAAUCCAUCAGCGCCCUGGUGAGCCUGGGCCUGGUUGACUGUCGUCAGAGCCAUGUACAAACAGUCACCCCUCUUCGCUCGCGCUCGCAAUUCGAGUCCCACGCCAAGGCUACAGAGUCACGACAUUGGGAGCCAAAGGAGCCAGCUGGCGACUCACGGGAGGCGCAGAUCGACAUGAUGCCCCUCAUCGGCUGCUUUCGAUCGGCUCUCUGCGUGCCCCUCUCCCCUUUGGUCGUCGGUCACACUAGUAGACCGACAAUGCUAUGUUUAGCAGCCUACGGCGACGUCUCGCCUUGUCCUUGUCUGCCUACAAUGGCGUGCGUCGAAGGGGGCGAGAAGGGUGGAAGUACACUUGACAUCUUGCGCGCGGAGUCGACUCCGACCCAGCCUCACCAGAAGCAGUGGAGGGGACACCCAUACAGCGAGAAGUACUAUCCUUGA